GACUUCCGCCUACCCCUGGACGCCCCCUCCCUGUUCCCUCCCUCCCCCCCUCCCCCAGCCUGGAUCGGGGUAGGAGGGAGGGGGGGGUGUGCGCCCUGCGCCGUCCCCGCCCCCCGUGAUUCCCCCUGCAUGGCCGGCCCGGGUAGGGGGUACGGGGGCCCCGGGAGCCAUGCGGGGGGGGCACAAGGGGGGUCGCUGUGCCUGUCCCCAUAUGAUCCGAAAAGUGCUGGCAAAAUGUGGCUGCUGCAUCGCCCAGGGGGGACGUGGUGAGUGCGAGGUCGCCAGGGCUUAGCGUUGAAUGGGGGGCGGGCUGAGGUUCAGGACUUAUGUUCGCCCUCGUCCUACGGAUUUAGAAGCUGGAGAUGGACUGUAACUGUGUUUUCCAGGAAAAUGACUUAAUAGAUGAUCUCUAAGAUCCCUUUGCCUCCAAAUUUCUGUCAGUUGAAGUUAAGGAAAUUGGGGAAGGGGCAGGAUACCCUUCUAUCUUUCCUGUAGUCAACUGGGUAGGAGAAAAACCCAUCUACAAUACCCUUAGGCCUAGAAUUGCAUCUUCCCUCAAAUUCUUUUGCUGAGAAUCGACUUCAGCUCUGAAGAGAGAUGGAGCACGGAGAAAUGAGGAAUGAGGGGGAUCUGCGGGGGGCUUUCUCAAAAAUCACAGCUCCUCUGUCCGGAAAACCCGGGCCAAGGAUAACCCUGACGAGCUCUCCUUACUUGCCCCCUCUAUUGGGUUUGUGCAUGUUGGGAAGGAGGGCUGCAGAAGUCUUUUCUUUUUAUAGUGAUUACUGCAAUUGGUGGAGGAGGGGUCUGGGGGUGGCAGAUGGGCUCUUAGCUCUUGACCCCCCCUUCUCAGAGAAUGGUCUGUACCCACUGGAAGGGGAGGAUGGUAGGAGAGCAGAUGGCCACCCCCAGCUUCCAGUGUCUGCCCAGAUGGCUGCCCCCACCCCCAUAUCUGUGCCAUACUCAGGAUAUGGGGGAACCUCCACAUGUUACUGAGGGUUCCAGGCCUGAGGAGCCAGGUGUUUACUGCCUUUCCUCCCUAGGGUGCCCUGGUGAAGUUAUCUAUCCUGGCCAACUCAAAAGAGGAUGUCAAGAGAAAUCCUAUUCCAUUGCCGGCAGUGAGGGGAGUAUCUCGGCUUCAGCUGCCUCAGGUCUGGCGGCCCCCUCUGGCCCCAGCUCUGGCCUUAGCUCUGGCCCCUGUUCCCCGGGCCCCCCAGGGCCGGUCAGUGGCCUGAGAAGAUGGUUGGAUCACUCUAAACAUUGUCUCAAUGUGGAAACUGAGGCAGAUGGUGGCCAGGCUGGAUCAUAUGAGAACUGGAUUCUAAAACCAGCUCUAGCCACAGGAGAGGAGCUGCCGGAAUUGACCCUGCUGACCACCCUGUUGGAGGGCCCUGGAGAUAAGACAAAGCCACCUGAGGAGGAGAAUUUGUCCCAAGCCCCCCAGAGUGAGGAGGAACAGAAAAAGAAGGCUCUGGAAAGGAGUAUGUAUGUCCUCGGUGAACUGGUAGAGACAGAGAAAAUGUAUGUGGACGACUUGGGGCAGAUUGUGGAGGGUUACAUGGCCACCAUGGCUGCUCAGGGGGUCCCCGAGAGUCUUCGAGGCCGUGACAGGAUUGUGUUUGGGAACAUCCAGCAAAUCUACGAGUGGCAUCGAGACUAUUUCUUGGGGGAGCUACAGCAGUGUUUGAAGGAUCCUGAUUGGCUGGCUCAACUAUUCAUCAAACAUGAGCGCCGGCUGCAUAUGUAUGUGGUAUAUUGUCAGAAUAAGCCCAAAUCAGAGCACGUGGUGUCAGAAUUUGGGGACAACUACUUUGAGGAGCUCCGUCAGCAGCUAGGGCACCGCCUGCAGCUCAAUGACCUCCUCAUCAAACCAGUGCAGAGGAUCAUGAAAUACCAGCUGCUGCUUAAGGAUUUUCUCAAGUAUUAUAGUAGAGCUGGGAUGGAUACUGAAGAGCUGGAGCGAGCUGUGGAAGUCAUGUGCUUCGUGCCCAAGCGCUGCGAUGAUAUGAUGACUCUGGGGAGGCUGCGGGGGUUUGAGGGCAAACUGACUGCUCAGGGGAAGCUCUUGGGCCAGGACACAUUCUGGGUCACAGAGCCUGAGGCUGGGGGGCUUCUUUCUUCCCGGGGUCGAGAGCGGCGUGUCUUCCUCUUUGAGCAAAUCGUUAUCUUCAGUGAGGCCCUGGGAGGAGGAGUACGAGGUGGAACACAGCCUGGAUAUGUGUACAAGAGCAGCAUCAAGGUGAGCUGCCUCGGACUGGAGGGGAACCUCCAAGGUGACCCUUGCCGCUUUGCUCUGACCUCCAGAGGGCCAGAGGGUGGGAUCCAGCGCUAUGUUCUUCAGACUGCAGACCCUGCAGUCAGUCAGGCCUGGAUCAAGCAAGUGGCUCAGAUCCUGGAAAGCCAGCGGGACUUCCUCAAUGCACUGCAGUCACCCAUUGAGUACCAGAGAAGGGAGAGCCAGACCAACAGCCUGGGAAGGCCAGGAGUGUCUGGGGUGGGAAGCCCUGGGAGAAUUCGGCCUGGACACCGGGCCCAGGUCGGCACACACACACCCAUCAAUGGCUCUCUCCCCUCCCUACUGAUGUUACCCAAAGGGGAGGUGACCAGAGCCCCCCUGCCCCUGGACACACAGGUCCUCAGUGACAUACCCCAGACUUCUCGUGACUCUCCUCCAGUUCCACCAAUUCCAAACACCCCUCCCUGCCAGGCCAGACUUGCCAAAUUGGAUGAAGAUGAGCUGUAACUGAUGAAGGCUAUGGGGGUGGUGCUGACUCAGCCACUCUCUUUCCCAAGGAACUUCAGGGCAAUUCUGGCACUGCCCCGGACUUCCUCCCUCUUGGUGUGUGUGGAGGGUGGGCAAGGCUGGGAUUGGUGUCAAUUUGGAGGAGGGUACCUAGAUUCAGAAGGACUUCUAUCUGUACCGGGAGGUUCCUGCAGCUCCCACCCUUAUGCAUGCAUCACAGGUCCCCCCAAAAGGAGGAUAUGUGGGUGGGUGGGUAAGGGCCAGAUAGAAAUCAUUGGUUUUGUUUUUGAUUUUGUUUUUUCUGUUUUCUGAGAAUAAAGGUUUUGUUAUAUCAC